AGCCUGCUUUGUGGGGCACUUCACUCGUGCAUGUGCGUGAGCAGACUGGCACCAACUCCACAAAGGUCUGGUCAUGUGUCCAAUGACUAUUUAAGACAAAUGAGAGAAAAAGGCCAACUCUUUGAAAACAGAGGAGCAGCAUGCACCGUCAGAGCGUGUGGAUUGUGGGUCUGCUGGUGGUGACCUUCUGCGCCAGCCACGCUCUGGCCCAGUUUCCACGAGAGUGCAUCACACCUGAGGGGCUGCGGAGCGGCCAGUGCUGUCCAUCCCCUACAGGCGUAGCGAGGGAUGAGUGUGGCUCCAGCACAGGAAGAGGGCAGUGUGUGACAAUCGCAGCUGAUGUUCGACGCCACGGGCCACAGUACCCUUACACAGAGCGUGAUGAUAGAGAGAGGUGGCCUCUGAGAUUCUUCAACCGCACCUGCCAGUGUAAUGGCAAUUUCAGUGGCUACAACUGUGGGCGGUGUAAUCAUGGUUUGACUGGGCCAAACUGUGAUCAGAGGAUCUCCGUAGUGAGAAGGAAUAUCAUGCUGAUGAGCACAGCUGAGAAGCAGGCUUUUGUAAAUGCCUUAGACCAAGCUAAGAGUACAGUCCACCCUAACCUGGUCAUCUGUACAAGAAGGUACCAGGAGGUUUUCGGACCUGAUGGCAACACCCCACAGUUUGAGAACAUCACAAUUUACAACUACUUUGUUUGGAGCCACUACUACUCUGUCAGUAAGACGUACCUUGGGCCAGGCCAGGCUAGCUUUGGAGGUGUGGACUUCUCACAUGAAGGUCCAGGUUUUGUCACCUGGCAUCGAUUUCAUCUGCUGCAACUGGAGAAAGACAUGCAGGAUAUGCUGGGUGACCCCACCUUCGCCCUGCCCUACUGGAACUUUGCCAUCGGCGGCAGCGAAUGCGACAUCUGCACUGAUGACCUGCUGGGUGCGAGGAGCACAUUUGACCUGAACUCCAUUAGCGCAAACUCCGUGUUCGCUCAGUGGAGGGUCAUCUGCGAGAGCGUGGAAGAUUACGAUACGCUGGGCACCAUCUGCAACAGUACCGAGAGCAGCCCAAUCAGGAGGAACCCAGCGGGCAACGUGGCACGACCCAUGGUGCAGAAGUUGCCGGAGCCCCAGGAUGUGCUGGACUGUCUGGAACUCAACGCUUUCGACACUCCACCGUACUACUCCACUUCCUCCGAGAGCUUCAGGAACAGCAUCGAAGGCUACAGCGCCCCCCAGGGGAUGUAUGACCCUGUCAUCCGCAGCCUCCACAAUCUAGCUCACCUCUUUCUCAAUGGGACAGGUGGACAGACUCACCUGUCUCCUAAUGAUCCCAUCUUUGUCUUGUUACACACCUUCACUGAUGCAAUCUUUGAUGAGUGGCUCCGCAGGCACCAGCCAGGUGAUAUAGUUUACCCAGAGGAAGACGCCCCUAUUGGACAUAACCGCAGGUUCAACAUGGUUCCUUUUUGGCCUCCUGUCACCAAUGCUGAGAUGUUUGUACCAGCCCCUGAAAACCUAGGAUACUCAUAUGAGGUCCAGUGGCCAGCUCGUCCUCUCACCCUGUCUGAGAUCAUCACCGUAGCCAUCGUUGUGGCAGUGGUGGUCGUGACUGCCCUGGGCGGUCUCAUCAUCUGUGCCGUGCAAGCUCGUUCCCAAGGCUCAGCUGAGACCCUGGAGCCGCUGCUGGCAGAGACCUACAGGCGUUACUCGGAAGAGGACAGGAGGCUGGACAAGUCGCAGUCUGUUGUCUGAGUCCACUUUUGUCUCAAAAGAAGGCCUGACGUUUUCACACAUUUUUUCUGCCUUUUUUUAUUAACCAAUCUCCUCUAAUAAAGUUGAGGUGGUUUCAAACCCAGAACUUGGGCUGUCUGUCUCUGAUCUAAUACUAAGUUUUACAUCACUGAUGUAUACCAGGUAAUUUAUGAACAAAAUGUCAGUUUCACCUCUUUAUUAUUUCCUGUUGCUCAAUCUUGCUUAUAUUCAGCUUGUAGUGUGCCAGUUUAUUUGAAAGUUUAAUGGAUCAUGUCAUAAAGGCUGUUCUGAUGUUUGUGUCCCUA